AUGGCCGCAACCCCGCCGCCGCCCGACGCCUUCGCCUUCUCUUCUGACGGAGAGCUCUUCGCAGCCGUCUCCGGUCGGCGAAUCCAGGUAUGGAGUACAAGAGAAGGACAAAAGAUAGCAGGAUGGACUGAUCCAAUAGCAGCCCAUGAUGAUUCAUACAGUUGCAUUGCCUGCAGCUCUGUUCAGAAGAAGCACAAAAAGGAUGGCGACCUUAUUGUUGUUGCUGUUGGCACUGCAAAUGGUGUAGUUUUAGCUCUUGAUUCUACUGGUGUUAUAUGGAAAAGUGCUUGUCACACUGGCAAGGUCAUUUCUCUUCACUUUUCGAAACAAGGGUGUGUUCUUAUUACUGCUAGCAGGGAUGGAGUUAUAUGUGAAUUGGAUACUUGGACUGGAAAAUCCAAAGACACAUUAAAAGCUUCGAAAAAGUCAAUUAAUUCUUUGACAGUUUCUCAUGAUGAGAAGUUUAUGGUUGUCUCAGGUAAGACAACAAAACUAUAUAGUAUGAAGGACAAAAAAGAGAUUCUGAAGAUUCCUUCUGAUGAUGGCCCUAUCCAGCUGAUGUCUGUGUCCGAUGAAGCACACACAUUAGUUUCUUAUACUGACAAUAAUAAAGAAGUCAAAGUCUGGUCUUGUGAUCACCAAAAUUGCACUGUUGUUUCUACAGUCUCUCUUGCCAUGCAUACUCAGCCAAAGACAGUAGAGUGUAAAAGGAGCACAUCAUCUAAAGCCGGGGGAAUUGUUCUUGCAGUAUCAAAGAAAGGUGUGGCUUAUGUGUGGGAUUUGCAGACCCUUUCCCAAGAUGAAAUACUGCCCACCAAAAUUUCAGUAAAAAAAUCACUUGAUAAAAAGGGCCGUGUCCCAAUUAUUUUAGCCAAGUUAUGUGAUGUCAAAGAAGACAACACAAUUAAGGUUCAUGUUGUGUUUGGAUCACUAGACUGUUUACAGUUCAAGAUUGUUGUAUUGGGUGAGAAUUGUGAGGACAUCAACUUGGUUGCGGAAUCUGAUGCAUUAGCUUCAGAAGAGCAAGAUGCAAAAGUAAAUAACAAGAUGGAUGAUGAACAAGAUCGACAGGAGAAUACAAACCUCACUCGUCAAGGAAGACCAAACAAAAGGACAGCGUCUGUUUUGGAUUCUAUCACUGACACAGUCAAGGAGGUGAAUCCAGAGUAUAAUCUAGAUGAACCAACUAUGGAGCAGAAACUCGAGAGUCUAAAUUUGCUCAAUAAGUCUGAAUUCCUUGAAGAGCAAUCAGCCUCUCUGGCGCCGCCGAGUGCAGAUUCAGUCUAUAUUUUGCUGAAGCAAGCUUUGUGUGCUGAUGAUCACGCUGAAUUGCUGAAAUGCAUGUACAAUAGAGAUGAAAAGGUCAUUGUAAAGUCAGUAUCACUCCUAACGCCAGGAGAUGCCCUGAAGCUUCUCAAGUUCUUCGUGUCGUCAAUACAAUCUAGGGGUGCAAAGCUGGUUUGUUUGCUCCCGUGGCUUCAAACUUUACUUAGCCGGCACAUGAGCAGCAUCGUGUCACAGGAGUCUUCUCUGCUGUUGCUCAAUUCACUCUAUCAGCUUAUUGAUGCAAGAACGUCGACCUUCAAAUCAGCACUUCAACUCUCUACCACCCUUGAUUACCGGUUCAGUGAGAUUGCCGAUGAAGAAACUGACGAGGAAGAGGCGGCCGCACCGAUUAUCUAUGAGGACAAGGACACAGAGGACGAAGAAUCUGACAUCGAUGCUAUGGAAACCGAUGAGGAGAGUGAAGAGCUUGGCGAUGUUACUGAUGCCCUAAGGCAUUCAGAUGGAAGUGAGAGAGUAUUAUGA